AGAGCGCUCAAAAAGUAAAACAAACAUGAGAGUGUGAGAGCUCAAGGAAUCUCGAGAGAGAGAUGUGCUGUUUGAAUUAGAUAUAAUUAUUUUAAUAUAUUAACUCUUCGUCUAAAAAAUAUGCGAUUUCAAUUCUAUCGAACAUGAUGGCAUCUACAAAUGAAUUCGGUCCGGAUUCUGGUGGUAGAAUGAAGGGAAUUACCAUUGUUAAGCCUAUAGUUUAUGGCAAUGUGGCACGUUACUUUGAUAAAAAGAGAGAGGAGGAUGGUCAUACCCAUCAAUGGACUGUAUAUGUCAAACCAUAUCAUAAUGAGGAAAUGUCUGUUUAUGUGAAGAAGGUGCAUUUUAAACUACACGAGAGCUAUAAUAAUCCUAAUCGAAUUGUGACCAAGCCACCGUACGAAUUAACAGAAACUGGUUGGGGAGAAUUCGAAAUAGUCAUUAAGAUCUAUUUUCAUGAUCCGAAUGAACGUCCCGUAACAAUAUAUCAUGUGUUAAAAUUGUUUCAAUCAACACCUGAGAUACAGUUGGGAAAAGAAAGUCUAGUUUCUGAAUUUUAUGAAGAAAUAGUCUUUCAAGAUCCAACAGCGUUGAUGCAACAUUUGUUAAAUGCCAGUAGACCUAUGACACUUGGCGUUUGGCGGCAUAAUACAGACUUCGAAGCAAAGAAAGAGUCUACAAUGAAAGACAUUUUGGAAGCACGCAACAAGAUAAGAUUAGAAGUGAUAGAUCUCAAAGAAAAAUUAACAUUAGCAAAAGAAACAAUUGCAAAAUUCAAGGAAGAAAUUGCAAAGAUCUCUAAAGCUGGUGGAAGUUUGUCCGUUGCAUAAGAAUAUUGUUUCAAAAUUGAAAUUAAACAACUAAAUUCAUAUUGAUUAUUCCAAGGAAUACAGAAUUAUCUUUUUUCCUACAUUUGUAUAAAGUGUAUAUAACUUCUUAAUUAUAACAGUAAAUUUAAUUUUAAUUCAACUAUAAUUGCAUUUGUAAAGUUGCAAAUAGGCUGUGAAAAGCAAUCCACUAAUGAUAAAAUUUCAAAUUAAUAAAAUUUAUGACUCAUCAAUAUA